AAAUAAGCAUUUGAACAUGCACAAUGUGAUCCGGGAUAUGGGACAAGAAAUUGUUCACUAGGAAUCACCUGAUAACCCAGGCAAGCGUAGCAGAUUAUGGCACCCUAACGACAUUUUUGAUGUGCUCACCGGAGAGAAGGGUACAAGAGCAGUUGAAGCAAUAGUCCUUGAAUCUCCAGUUUUGAAGGAUGUUCCGUUGACUACUAAAACAUUUGAAAAGAUGGCAAAGCUAAGAGUCCUACAAAUCAAUCAUGUGCAGCUGUAUGGAAGUUUCCAGUAUCUACCAGUCUUUAAAAUGUUUGCGUUGGUAUUAUUGCCUUUGAAAUGCUUGCCAUCUGAUUUUUGUCUGGAGAAUCUUGUUAUUCUCGAUAUGAGUUUUAGCAAAUUCAGCGAAUGCCAAGCGCCUUUAAAGUAUUUCAAGUCUUUGAAGAGAUUGAUAUUCUACAGUUGUGAGGACCUCAAGAAAUCCCCGGAGUUGGUUGGUUUGGAUAGUCUUGAGGAGCUAUCAUUUGGUUACUGCUCAAAUUUGAUGGGGUUGGACUCAACAAUUGGAGAUUUGAAGAGACUGCGUAGUUUAGAUGUGUCUGAUUGCAAGAGACUACGGAUACUCCCAAGAAAAAUUUGUGAGUUAAAAUCACUUGAAAUGUUAUAUCUCGAUCGCUGCUCAAAACUGGAACAAUUGCCUGACGAUUUGGGAAAGUUGGAAGGUCUAAAACAAUUGACUGCAGUUGUAACAUCUAUCAAAAGAGUACCCAGUUCUGUUGAGCAUUUAAAGAACCUGGAGAGGCUACUGCUAUCACAUGACUUCCUAUUUAAAAGACAAUUUAAAUUUUCUGACAUGUUUCGAACUUGGUUGCAGCCAGAAAGAAGCCUCAGUCAAGGGGGGUAUUUACCUUCGUCAUUUUCAAGUUUAAGUGCUUUAAAAGUUCUACAAAUUGAGAACUGCAAUAUGUCUGAAGAUGAUAUUCCUUUUUCUCUUGCGAGUUUAUCAUCUUUACAGAGUCUAUGUUUUAGAAAUAAUAAGUUUCAUUCCAUACCUUUCAACCUUUGUGACCUUUCUAGUCUCAAGUAUCUCAAUUUAAGUGACUGUCCAAAUCUUAAAAGCAUCCCUGAAGUUCCUCUCACUCUUCAGAAACUCGUUGCUUAUAAGUGCAAGUCAUUAGAAAGACUUCCGAAUUUGUCCAACCUGAAAAGGUUGGAGGAAUUGGAAUUGUAUCAUUGUGAAAUGUUGACGGAGAUUCAAGGCUUGGAGAAUCUUCAUUCUGUUAGACGAGUAUAUAUAUGGAGCUGCAAGACUUUUGGAAGAACACUAGAUGUAUCUAACUUGAGUCAAUUGAAGAACUUGGAUCUUAGUCACUGUGAAAGAUUGAUUGAGAUUCGAGGCUUGGAGAACAUUCAUUCCAUACGCUACAUCAAUUUAUUCAAUUGCAAAGCUCUUGAAAAUCCUUUUACUGAAGACUUCUUCAAAGCCCAUUAUGAACAUGGUUGUGAGCUCCGACUAGGGCUUUGCAAUAGCAAGGUUCCGGACUGGUUUAGCUACCAAGUAGAUGGAUGUUCAAUGUGCUUCCAUAUGCCACAACAGGUUGAGAGUACAUUCUUAGGCAUGUUCCUUUGGAUUGUUUAUGGAACCGCGGAUAAAACUAAAAAUGUUUAUCCUAAAGCCACCAUAGUCGAUCUAACUAAUGGCGUUGAGUUUAAUCAUCAUCUGUGGACAACCAUAUCCUUUGAAGAUAAUUCGUCCAUCCAUUACAUACCACCAGAUUACUUCAAAUGCUCGGUUAAAGGCAGAGAAAGGAUGAGCAUUCAUAUUGAAUGCUAUGACUUUCCAACUGAAGAUUUUGUGAAGAAAUGUGGAGUUCAUCUAUUGUAUAAAGACAAGAAUGGUCAGGUUCAUUCUGUGUCUGUGAGUUCUUUUCCUUGUUUUGACAGUGAAAAUGAAGUGACUAUCAACCAUUCUCGUAAAGAGUAAGAUAAUCUGAUUCAACACAGCUAGGAUUGAGAAAGACAGAAUCCAGUGCAAAACAUUGGGGUAGACAUCUAAGCAUAACAUACUAAAUGGACAAGGCCAAUGAUGGUUGAGGGAAUGGAGAGCUUUGAGAGCUGAUAUUGCUGAUUCAGGUGUUUGUCAGUCGUGUCCUUCAAGCUUGUUUGAAUUGGAAUUGAUACUAGGAGACUGAGAACUUUGCUAAUUCCUUUGGCAGCAUGGGCUUGUGAAAGAGAAGUUAAGGCUAGUUUUCUGCUAUUUCAGGAGAAGAGCUAUAUCUUGCUAGCAAAUUAACAGAGAACGCUAUGUCAGGUCUUGCAGCAUUAGCAAGAUACAUAAGUGCACCAAUUGCACUAAGAUAUGGUACUGCAGGACCAAGAAUGUUAUAUCCCGUAUUUUGCAUAUUUAGAUAAUUUGAGAUAAUUGUGACUAGUAAGAGAUAAGACAAUAUUUUUGAUCUUAUUUAAUACAUAAGUUGUUCAUGAAAAUAUUGAUGCGGAAAUAUUGAGGAAGGCUAAGGGAAAAAUUGAAAAUUUGGAAAAUAGUUUCAUGAAUUACAAAAAUUAGCCAUGAAGUAGUUGGGCUUGGAAAAACAAAAAAAAAAAAAGAAAAAAAUGGCCCAAGGUGACCGGCCAUAGGGGACAUGGGCCAAGGCCCAUGUGAAGGCUAAAUUAGUAAAUAAAAGAGAGGGCCACUAUUAUUUGUCAUCACAUUUCAAGAACAUUCAAGAGAAAGAAACUUGAGAGCAAGAAGAGAAAGGCCAUUCGGCCAAGAGAAAAAAGAAGAGAAAAAAAUUUGAAGCCAUCAAUCUUGAUCCAAAAAAAUAUAUAUUCUCCUUGUAUUCUUACUAAUUCAAAGGUCCUCUUUAACGUGGUACAAUUGUUGAAGCAAGAAGGCUACUCUUUGUCACAAGUCCAAAAUUCUAGUCAAGUGGAAAGUUAAGGAAAAAAGUAAGAAUUAAUCCUCUUUUAUAUGUUAUGCAAGGUUUAUGUAUGUUGUAGUAUGUAGAAAUGAAUGAAAGUCAUGGAAAUAAUGUGUGUUGUGUGUGGCCGUGUGGGUGUGUGUGUAGAAUUGUGGCCGUGUGGUUGUUGUAUGGCGGAGAAGAGAUGAAUUAAUUUUACUUAGUAUGUUAGUUGUGUUGUUGUGGACUUUAUGAUGCAAAUGAAGGUUUAAUGGUUCAAGUUGGCAUUGUAAUUGGUUGUGGGUUGUUGUAGGAAUUAAUGUGAUUCUAAUAUGAUUUUAUGUAGUUAUGAGAAGGAAAUUGCUAAAGUGUGAAUUGUUGUUGUAGUUUAUGAAUUUGAAAAAAGGAAAUGUGUUGUUGUGGCUUUUGUUGCAUUUGGAAGGUUUCGGGUGGAAUGGCAUAUUGGUUAGAUUAUUGUGAAUAUUGUGCGGAUUGUUUGAAACGUUCUUGAAUGGCUUCGGAUUAGUACUUGAAUGUGUGAGCAAAUAUGAAUUGAAUAUAAAUGGGACGCCGUUGAAGUUUGUAGGAAGAAGUUGCUAAUGUUAGUAUGCGUUUUGAAUCGAUUGUGGAUAUUGUUAGAAUAAUUGUUGGUAUUGUUGUUGAUAUUUUGGCCGAGUUAAAUUCUCGGAUUUGUUGUUGAUGAUAUAGCCGAGUUGAUUUCUCGGGGAUGUUGCAUUUACAGGGGAAAUGCUGCCGAAAUUUCUGUAGAUAAAGUGUUGGUUUAGAAUUGGACUUUUAAGUGUUAUGGCUAAUGUUUGGUAUAUA